GACGUCUGUCAGCAGAAGUUCAAUUCCUCUAGUACAGAGUAGAUCGUGAAGCACGGACACGGAACGCGCUUUCAUGAAAAGUUAAAAAUUUUUUAUCCGCAAGAAGACUGCGUGGUAAUAAGUAUUUCAAGUUCAGGUAGUUAACGCUUGAUGCCAGAAGUUUUUAAAGUUCUAUAAAAUUAAUUGCAAAUUAAGAAUGACAACGGUAAACAAAGAUUUGCAAAAAGAACGAGAAAGGUGUACAUUCGAUCCUUUGGAAUUAACACAUUUACUUGAUGGUGGUGUAGAGAAAACUGCUAUCCGGCGAGAGAGAGAGGAAUUCUUUUUAAGUGACCCCCAACUUCAGGACACCGUGCCUGCCGAAUAUAAGAGUCAUAAAGAAAAGUAUGAAGAUGCUAUUCGUAAAGGAUGUAGGGUUCUCGAAAAAGUGCAGGAACUUCAAGAACAAGGGAAAGCAGAUAUGGAUGUAUUCUCACAAGUACUCGGUGGCAUGUUGGGAUCAGCUAUCUUAAAAGAUGGGAAUCCGUUGACUUUACACUACGUUAUGUUUAUUCCUGCACUUAUGGGACAAGGCACCGUGGAACAACAAGGAUAUUGGAUAUCGAAAGCCUGGUCAUGCAACAUCAUUGGAACAUAUGCACAGACCGAACUUGGUCACGGAACUUUUAUUAGGGGUUUGGAAACGACAGCCACUUACGACUCUUCAACUCAAGAAUUCGUUCUCAACAGCCCAACUUUGACUUCUUACAAAUGGUGGCCCGGUGGAUUGGGUCAAACAGCCAAUUAUGCUGUGGUUGUGGCACAACUAUACACCCAAGGGCAGUGCAAAGGUAUCCAUCCGUUUAUCGUCCAACUCAGAGAUGAAGAUACUCAUGAACCGUUACCUGGCAUUCAAAUUGGAGAAAUUGGCACGAAAUUGGGUAUGAACGCAACGAACAAUGGAUUUCUUGGUUUUGACCACGUUAGAAUACCCAGAGAGCAUAUGUUGAUGAAAAAUUCACAGGUGUUGGAAGAUGGAACGUAUAUCAAAGCUCCAAGUGACAAGUUGACGUAUGGUACAAUGAUGUUUGUACGUGUGGUGCUGAUAAAAGAUAUUGCGAGAUAUUUAUCGAAAGCGGUUACAAUUGCAGUAAGAUAUAGCGCAAUUAGACGACAGUGUCAAAUUACAUCGGACAAACCAGAGGUUCAAAUAAUCGAUUAUGUUACACAACAGUAUAAACUGUUCCCUCAACUGGCUACAUGUUUCGCAUUGUCAAUGUCCGCGGAAUGGAUUUGGGACAUGUACAACAACGUCACUGCCGAAUUAGACCAAGGCGAAUUAGAAAGACUUCCUGAGUUACAUGCAUUAGCAUGCUGUUUGAAAGCAGUUGCAUCCUCAGAUGCAGCAGGAGGAAUCGAAGUAGUGCGAUUAUCUUGCGGUGGCCAUGGUUAUAUGAGUGCAAGUAAUUUGCCAGCCACCUACGGCUUGGUUACAGCUGCAUGUACAUAUGAGGGUGAAAAUACUGUAUUAUUCCUUCAAACGGCUAGAUAUUUGGUCAAAGCUUGGAGGCAAGCAAUCAGUGGUCAAGAUUUACCACCAACUGUGAAAUACUUGACGCAACUUUCUCGUGGUAUCAAGCAAAGGCCUUGGAAGAAUACGCUUACGUGUAUCAUAAGGGCUCAUCAAUCGGUUGCAGCUGGAAAAAUUCGGCUCGCAACGGAAAAUAUGGACAGGCGAAUACGUAGCGGUUUAUCGCAGGAAGAAAGUUGGAACCAAACGAGUAUUGAACUGGUACAGGCAGCAGAAUCCCAUUGUCGACUGUUUAUCGUCGAACGAUUUAUUACAGCCGUACGAAAUUUGACCAGGAUUUCUAAACAAUUGCAUACAGUAUUAACACAACUGUGUGAACUUUACGCUGUCUACUGGGUAUUGCAACGGGUGGGCGACUUUAUUCGGUUUUCAUGUCUAAAUGUCGAAGAUGUUCCCGUACUCCAGUCUCACCUGGAAGAACUAUUAUCUCAAAUUCGUCCAAAUGCUGUUGGAAUAGUCGAUGGGUUUGAUAUUAGAGAUGAAGUCUUGGGGUCAGCCCUUGGAGCAUACGAUGGAAAUGUGUACGAACGUCUGUAUGCCGAGGCGAUGAAAAGUCCACUAAAUCAAGAGAGUGUUAACAAAUCGUUUCAGUUACAUCUCAAGCCUUUCCUGAAAAGCAAUUUAUAACAAAGGAAGAAAUGUGAAAAUAUCAAGAUGCACUUGAGCAGCCGAGCUACGAUCAACUGAUCAUCACUGAUGUAAACGAGUUGAUGAUAAUUAAUCCACGCAGGACUCGAAUACAUCAGUCGUAUGAUUUCUAUACAAAUCACAAAGAUCCUGCACAAUAUACGUGGGUACUACAUUGAUCUGAAGAAGAUAAAUCUCUACGAAUUCACAAGCCAUGACAGUCGGUACUUUAUACUGAAAAUACAUAUCAUAUAUGUCGACAACAUUGCAAGAUUUUUAUGCUGCCACUUUAUAAUAUGAUUAAAGAAAUGUUUGACCUACAUUCUUUUGCAAUCAUAUUCCAGUUUUACUAACCAUUUCCUUUUUUUAAAGUCCAUCAAGUGAAAUUUCUUCAUUAUUUUACUACUAUUUACUACCAUAUUUGACAAAAAAGGACCUCAAGUCAAAACAGAAGUCAGGUAAAGAAAGAGUGAGAAGUAUCUUAUUCAGAGAUAUUUUAGGUUCAAACAGUAACGUACUUUAGCUUAAUUGUAUCAGCAACUAGUUUGUGCAUUGAAUAGUUUGG